CCCGCGCUGCUGGGCGCAGGUGCUUAAAUAGCGGCGCCGGCUGCGCUGCCGCGUCCUUCGCGCCGCGGAAAGGGUGCGAGCGCAGCUGCCCCCAGCCGGCGUCUGAAUUACCAGGGGCGUAAGUGUCCGGUCUUUUCCCUGGAGAGCCCACGGCUCCCCACACUGCUUCCACAGUGAGCUUUACGCCGUCUCUGUGAAAGGAUGGAAUAUCUCUGAAGGGGUCUCUUCAUCUGUUCUGCUGACACACAGUAUUCUCGUGGCUGAUGCUGGCAUGCGACUGGGAGUGCACAGAACAGGAAGCUGAUUUAAGAAGAGAAACAGAAAGGACUUUAUUACCUGUAGAAGGAGAAGCAAGACUUAUGUGCUUUGAAAAGAUCUACUGUAGUUUGCUGCCAUUUAAUGCUAACAACUCAUCUGCUUGAGGAGAUUCUGUUGUAAUGUAUCCAGUGGCUGUUCCUGCACCAGGAGGUGAAGGAAAUAACGGACAGCAUGGGAAACUUAUUUUUUUCCUUUUUGUUUUUGGAACUGUGUUGCUGUGUGCUGGAUUCCUGCUUUCAGUCUUUAUUCUCCAGUCAUGCCCAUCCGGAACCUUCAGUGACUGUAAUGAGGUCCUUAAGGCUGCUGGGCCAGUGCUGGCUGUAACUGGACUGGUUUGUGUUUUACUGGCACGAUCAAGGGCAAGGAUGUAUAUGAGACAAAGACAAUUGCAAAAUGAGCAGGUGUACAGCCUUGUUUUUUGCCAUGGAAACUGUCAGUUUGCCCAGUUUCUCAUAUUUGGAUUCCUGUUUUUAACUAGUGGAAUGCUAAUUAGCAUCCUGGGAAUUUGGGUUCCUGGUUGCAGCCCUGGUUGGCAUACCAUACAACUCAACCACACCGGCAGUUCUGAUGUGAACCUCCAGGGCUGUGGAUUCCUGUCACUUCAAAUCAUGGGACCUUUGAUUGUGCUCACUGGGUUGUGUUUCUUUGUGAUAGCUCAUGUUAAAAAGAAACAAAACUUAAAUCUCAACCAUGAAUCUUGUGAAAGUGAAGAACAUCCUCAGAGCCCUGAAUCUUUUCACGUUACAGUAGGUGAUGCUGUAAUGGUAUUCCCACCCCCACCACCUCCUUAUUUUGCUGACCCUAUGUCACCAACUGUGACACAUUGUCUUAUGUCAAGUGUUUUGCCUACAAGUGAAAAUCCUCCACCAUAUCACUCUAUCUUCACUGAUGGAGCACAGCUUGCAGAUGAUGAAAGAAUGGUUGCUGUUAGAGACUAUGAAACCAUAUGUACAAUUUCUGGAAGCAGCUCACCUUCAGAUAUUUUACCAAUGCUAUACCUCUGCUCUGAAUCUCCUCCAAAAUAUGAAGAAAAAGCAUCAAUAACAAAUAAUGAAUAUUCACCAUCUUCUUCCUCAUCUUUUUCAUCUAUUUCCUUAGCCACAUCUGACAUCAGCUCAUAGAAGACUGUCAGUUGACUUAAUUUUUAAAUUAAAUUGUACACAGAGAUUUACAAUUUUUGAAUUUAUUUACAUUUUGUAAUAAAAGCAAUAAUGUUGGCUGUGUCUAA